GGCCAAUAAACCCUAGAGAUAACAAGGAAAAUGACGGACUAGAAAAAUUACCGAGAAAUAAUGACCGAGGGGAUAAUGUUCCAAAAAUCAGUGAUAUUCUCUCCGGUCUUCUCAAUGUUAUGGGGGAGGGGCUCAACAUCGCCACCAACUACGUCCAGGAGAGCAACAAGAGAAAGCAGGAGGAGAAGGAUAAAGUGAAGAACGAUGAGCUUAACCAGGACCAGGACGAUUUAUUCCCAAACAGAAACCGAACCCGUGUAAACAACAGAGGACCUCCUAAUAUAGCGAAUAUUCCGUUCGAAUCAAUCCCCCUGGAGUUACUCAACUCACAAUCUGGUUCUAAUCUUACCCCCCAACGGCCGUUUAGGAACCGUAUUCCUGGGCAAAACAUCCGGCCGCCGAAUCUUGAACCUCCUCCUCGGAACCCUCUGCCCUUACAGUUCCCUCCAGCUCUCCCCACUAGACCUGGAUAUGAUCCAGGGUUUCUCCAACCUGACCAAACAGAACCAUCGGAGAUAGAAAAUACAACGGAGUUGGAGACACCAACGGAGAGUAUAGGAACAAACUCUUCUGAGAACUCUUCUGAACAAGUUAUCCUAGAGUCUCCUGAUGAAACCACGGUUCAAGACUCUGAUGAGACUCCUCCAGACAGGAACAAUCUGCUCCAAAACUUUUUAAAUGAAAACAUUGGACCUGUUGAACCUAGCUCAGAGUUCACCACUGUACCCCCUUUAGUUGAUAUAGAACCUAGUUUUACUCCUCCAGUUCUUGUUACUCCACAAAUCAUUAAAAAACGUCCUCUGCGCUACCGACCCCCGAGACCACAAGGACGACCUCCCCGUCCUCAACGUCCACCCUUAUCAGUCCCAACACCUCCUUUAAACACUCGUCCUUUUGUAUUCCCAAGUCGUCCCGGACUGGUUUUGCCGGACGAUGGACCGGUUAUUACUGGUAUUGCUGUUCCGGCAGACAAUGACGUAUUUGAUUUGACAGUAACUGCUCAGCAGAAUUUUGGCGGGAAACCAAAUAAGAUAAAUUAUCAAGAUUUUGGUGGUAUUAUCACAAAAGCCAGACCUGGAGACCAAUUUGUUUCCAUCGAUGGCAAGCGAACCUAUUUCGAUCUUGGCGGAAGUUCAGCAGUGGCGGAGAUUGAACCGCCUCGUGCAACCCGUGUUCCCUUCCGCCAACAGCUGAGUCAGCAACCAUCCCGACCUCUGCCUGGCAGAGGAGAAGUCAUCGGAGCCACGCUCAAAAUCGGAGGAGAAGAUAUUCUGCACAAUUAUUCUCCUCCAGUAGGAUCUUCUCUACCAGUUAGUGCUUCAGGACCUAGUGAGAGUAGACCUACCACCAGUAGUAAUCCUAUUCUUCAAACUAGACCUGGGGUACCUGGACCUACAAGACGACCCGCUGCUCCCCCUGUUAGAAUUGACACCUGUAUUGUUGGAAACGAUGCAACCUGCAAGAUGGAGCAGCAUGAGGUAUGCAGAACUGCUCUAGGAGUAUCUUCAUGUUAUUGUAAACCAGGAUACGGGAGACAGAACCAUCGUCUUCUUUGUAAAAAAACCGUGAAACUGCUUAUAUCUCUGAAGUUGGACAAAAUGAAGGAUACAAAGCUGGAGUGGAACUCUGACCUGAAGAAUCAAAACUCUGAGAGUUUUCAAGUUCUUGAAGGCGAAGUAAACUAUGCGAUUGACUCUGCAAUGUCUUUGACAUCCUUCUCCAAUAUAUACAUGCAGAACGAAGUGAACACGUUCUACACAAACAACAGGGAUGUCGUCGUCAACACGACCAUAGAACUGGCAGAGACCGGAUACACUCGUUCAGAGGUUGUGAAACGAGAUAUACAAAAGAAACUAGUUGAAGUAAUACAGGCCAGAGAUAAUAAUAUAGGAAACGGAAACCUGUACGCGGUAUCCCGGGAGAAUCCUAUUCCUCUGAUCGGAGACUUUAACGAGUGCUCGGAGCCAGAGGCAAACGAUUGCGGAGACACUAGUCUCUGUAUAAAUACCUUCGGAGGGUUCAUCUGUCAGUGCAAAGAAGGCUAUGAGGACAAGUAUCCUGAGGACCCGGAGAAAUCAGGACGCUUUUGUGCGUCCUGUCCUGAGGACUUCUGCUCAAACCAUGGCGUCUGCAGUAUCAAUGGCAAAGAAAGGACUUGUGAUUGUAUAGGAAACUACUAUGGUGAGAAAUGUGAGGUAGAUGGUGAGGUUCUAGGAGUUGCUGUUGGAGCAUCUGUUGCUGCUUUCGUUAUCAUUCUUCUUACACUAGUCUGCCUUUGUAUGUGGAGUCGACGAUGGAAGCGGGAGCAGGAUAAAUCCAAUAUGUCGCGGGGAUAUAAUGGUCCUUAUAUUGUUGGUACCCUACCCCCUCCCCCCUCCUACCUACCCUCCAAGCUGCCCCCCUCCUGGGCCCCUCAACCCUCCCCCGCCUAUCCAAGAUGGGCGGGGCACAUGGAGGGUUCACACCCACAGAAUAUUUACGCGCAGCCUAUAGUGUACAGUGGGAGCCAGGAACCGUUGUACAUGUCUCCUACUGAACCACCAAUGUCGAUAUACGGUACUGUACCGGCGGACCAAGUAUCUAUCUACGGCACGCUACCGCGCCAGUACGGACGCAUGGCCGCAUCAGAGUUUGCUCCUUUUGCCUAUGCAACCCUACGGAAAAAUCAACUAGCAAGCCGGCCAUCUUUAGAGGACUACUUUAAACAAGACCGGAGAAACGAUAAGUCCACCUCUGAAAGUGAAAGCGAUACUUCAUCUUUAAAAGAAAAACUAAGCGAUGAAAACAUGGCUCGGAUCACUCGAGGAGUUACUUUUCAAAACCUGAGAUAUUCAACCCUACCGCUUCCAGAGCCAGGCACAAGAAGAGCAGUUCAGGGUCAAAAAGUUGGUCAUUUUAACAAUAAAGGGGGGCAAAGAGGACCUCUUCCUUCUAUUCCUCGCCCCUCCACAUCAUUAGGAACCCGAAAUCUUAAUCCUCCACUAAUAGAGACCAGUGAAAGCGAGGAUACAGAAAACGGAGGUCGUAUUCAGCGACCUCGAAGCAGCCUCAUGGCUGGAAAUUUGAAUGCUGAAGAUGAUUUUGAAAGUGAAUAUCUCCGGUAUGGGGGAACAGUAGGGGUUAGAAACCCUCGCCUAGUUGCAGCUAUGAGGGGAAUCCCUCCAUACCAGCAACAUAUACAAAUGAAUAUGAUGAAUAGAUUUUAAAUCUAGGAAAACAAAUAAUGUUGUAUAUUUUGUAAAAAUGUACUUUUGCCAGCCUACCCCCCCUCGAUCCAUUCUCUUUAUAACGGUCUAAUGGACCAUUAUUGGAACAUUUUCAUUUUGUGAGAGUCGUUUAACCCAAAUCCUUUAUGUUUUCUAUAUUUUACUCGGUAAUAUUGACUUGAAAAAAAGAUUAUAGGAUAUAUUUUUCUUGAACUUUUGUUGGUAAAAUGGUUCAUGGUUUCCCUUGGGGAUAAAUAAAAGGGAUUUUUUUUGCAUUUGUGAUUUAGUUGUUCUGUAAAUAUAAUUUAGUUGAUCCAUAUUUUAGUGUGUCUGAAUUUUGUCAAUGCUAAGAUCUUUUCU